UAAACUGAAUCUCAAUCUGGAUCAGGAUCUCUGGAUCUGUUUGGCAGCCAACAAGCUCCUACUUAUAUAGUGAGUCAAUGGGCAAUUAACUAGGGCGGGGAAGGCUUGUAGUUAAUUGCAAGAUGGAGAUUGGCCUGAUUGACCCUUUGCAGUUUGUAACUAAUCUUAUAGUCACAGCAAUCCUGGCAAUACUCUUGACAACGUCACACAGCAAUGUGUGAUGUGUCUUCUUUAGCAGUCAGGGGAGGAGGGAAGGGGCCUUUCUGUAAAAACGUUGGUGGUCUUAAAACCUCUAAAGAAAUUGUUGAACUCGGCCCUUACUGUUUUCGGAGAUAGCCAGAUUAGUCCAGUUAGCAACGGCAUUGAAAGUGCAGACCUCACCCAUGGGAGGAGUUGACUUGCAGCAAUCUCUCAUACAUGUGGAGCCUUCAUACAGCUCUCCCCUCCCCAGCCCUCCCUGCAGCCCCUGGGUCCCCUAGCACAUGCUGCCCAUGUAGAGCUGAUUCUGCCUAUGGCCACGGGCGACCUGCAGCCCCUGCACUCCGAAAACCGCAGGUUGGGCUGGUCUCAGAAAGGAUCAUUUUGCGGUCAGCCAGAUCUUGGUUCCCCAUCAGCCAUGCCAGUGAAGGAGCUGGGCAGCAACCGCGGUGCUCACAAGGGGGCAACAAGGCAAAUCCUUCCAGCAGACACCUGCACACAAAGGAGCCGAAUGGAGUGAUGGCCAGCAGCGAAGGAGGGAAGGAAGGAAGGGGCAAGCGGGUCUGGGCGCAGAAGCCCCAACUUCUCUCACGAUGGCUACUCUGUUUCCCCAUUGCAGCGCAGUGCCAUACUACAGAGCUUGCCCCACCCACCACUGCCCAGAUGCCACUUGCUUCCCCCAAGCAUUUCUUUGCUAACCUGAUUUCCACAUCCAUCGCGUUUCUCUGUCGCGCUUCUCGCCAUCGUGUGCAGGGAAACAAGUUUGUUGGACUAAAAAAAAAGUUCAGUCAAUCAAUUCCAACUUCGCAAUAUCUUUUUUUUCCGUGAGAAGUUGGAAUUGAUUGAUUGAACAUUUUUUGGGGGCUACAUGAAUUGGGAUGUCAUCAGAGGGGUUGUGGACAUUAUUUUCUGUCCUUACUUGGAGAUCAGGACUUCCAUGGGCAAAACUGGUGCUUCAAAUCCUGCAAAGGCUUUAAGCAUCAUUUAAAGCCCCCACAUCUUUAAAAUUAGCUCAGGAGGUUUGACUGUAACCAUUUUUGGAACAUUUUUUCAGGCUUGAAAGACAUCAAUUUUCCACAUACAUACUGUUAUAGGUAUGUGUAUUUAUAUUUCUCUCUGUAUGCCUAUAUCUGCAAUUGUAUAAUCUAUCCCUAGCACUUCCAGGUAUAUUUGAAGAUACCUUGUUUCCCCGAAAAUUAUAUUGGGUCUUAUAUUUAUUUUUAGUCCAAAAGACCCAAAGGGCUUAUUUUCAGAGGAUGUCUUUAUUUUUUUCAUCACAAGUCUUCCUGAAGGUGAUGGGAACUGCAGCCUGCCACAACUGAAGAGUUUAGUUGAGCUGCAAAGUUGAAUGCACCCAUAAAACAGUGGUGCACGCCAAGUGAAGAAGGGCUGUGAGCAUUGAAGGCAUGAGUGUCUGUAUUUCUGUGGAUCAUGCAUGGAAUUCAUACCACGCCUUCCCAUUGGCGUUCAAAGAGGCUAAUCGUGUUACACUUUUCUUUGAAUCUUAUGGACAAAGAAGAUGGCAAUGAGAGUACUCUGGACAAUUAAUAAUAACAAGCACCAUUGAAAAGGAAAGAAAAUUAAGCCAGAAAUCAAAAUAUUUUCCAUUUCCUUCAGAAAACCACACAGUUUUUUUCCUUCACCAACAGGAGAGAAACAAAGGAGAGAAAAUCAAGAAGAGAUUUCUAGUUGGAAGUAUGUGGAUCUCAAAGAUACAUGAAAAGUCAAGAGAGAUUAUUUUUCCAUUCAGGAAAAGGGGGAAAUAUCUGGAAGUUACUGGGGAGGAAGCCACGUAAAGCAGACAGUGUUACAGGCCUCGCUCUGGGAGGAAGAAAAUCACCAGUAAAUUAAAGCACCACUAAACAAGGGAUCAUCCAUAUUUUUCACCUCCUCAAGAAUGUUAAUUGUGGAAAAGCUCCAUAGACGUUUCUGUUCUGGGAAAGAUACAACUUGCAAAUCACAGCUGAUUAUGCCAGAGGGUAUCCAGACUGGAGAAAAGGUAUACAAAUACUCUGAAUGUGGCAAAAGCUUUGGUCACAACAGCUUCCUUGUGGUUCAUGGAAGGACCCAGACAGGAGAGAAGAAAUACAAGGGCUCCAAAUGUGGUAAAUACUUUAGUGACAUGGCGACAUGAUGAUACAUUAGAUAGAAUACCAGAUAGAAAACAUACGAAUGUCCAAUUUGUGUGAAAGUUUCAUUGGAAAUUCCCACUCAUGAGACAACAGAGGACUCAUAAAGGAGAUAAACCCUUUGAAUGUGCUAUCUGUGGGAAAUGUUUCAGUCAGAAUUCCAAAAUGGUGAUACACCAGAAGACUCACACAGGAGAGAAACCAUAUGAGUGUCCAGAUUGUGGAAUAAGUUUCAUUCGGAAUUCUGGUUUGGUGAGACACCAGAGGAUUCACACAGGAGAAAGGCCCUUUGAAUGUCCUGAUUGUGGGAAAGGUUUCAGUCAAAAUUCCCACCUGGUGACUCAUCAGAGGACUCACACAGGAGAGAAGCCCUUUGAAUGUCCUGAUUGUGGGAAAUGUUUCAGUGACAAUUCCAGCCUGGUGACACACCAGAGGAUUCACACAGGAGAAAGGCCCUUUGAAUGUCCUGAUUGUGGGAAAGGUUUCAGUCAGAAUUCAAACCUGGUGACUCAUCAGAGGACUCACACAGGAGAGAAACCCUUUGAAUGUCCUGAUUGUGGGAAAGGUUUCAGUGAUAAUUCCGGCUGGGUUAGACACCAGAGGACUCAUACAGGAGAGAAACCAUUUGAAUGUCCUGAUUGUGGGAAAAGUUUCGGUCAAAAUUUCCAUCUGGUGAGACACCAGAGAACUCACACAGGAGAGAAACCCUUUGAAUGUCCUGAUUGUGGGAAAUGUUUCAGUGAUAAUUCCAGCUGGGUUAGACACCAGAGGACUCAUACAGGAGAGAAACCAUUUGAAUGUCCUGAUUGUGGAAAACGUUUCAGUGAAAAUUCUAGCUUGGUUAGACACCGGAGAACUCACACAGGAGAGAAAACAUAUGAGUGUCCAGACUGUGGGAAAGAUUUCAGUACUAAGGAUAGCCUUCUAAAUCAUACACACAGGGGAAAAACCAUUUAAGUGCCCUGAGUGUGCAUGAUGCUUCAGGAAACCUUCCAACCUUAUUGUACACAAGAAAAUCCACAUGAGGCCCAAAGUAAUGAGUGUAGACAGAGUUUGAAUUUCAUUUCUAAUGUCACAUUGUAAGUCCAGCUGAGAAAUUGACUAUUUAAUUUGACUACAAAGAAUUUGCCUGAUUUUUUUGUAGGCAAAUAUGUCAUGAUAUUAGUCAGAAAGGAAGAAAGAAAAAAUUGGAACAUACUAGUUUGAUAAAGGCUAUCUGGCCAUCAGCAGCAGAAGUUGCUGAAUAUUUAUUUUUGCAGAAAUUGUGCAAUUAUGUGAAAAUCUUUUUGGGAGUGUUCUUUGCAUUUUUAUCAUGGUAGAUGAUAGAAAUGCCACAGGCAUAGUCCCAGCCUUUUUCUCCCUGGGUGCCCCUGAGAUUUUCAGCCCCAGAAUUCCCCCAGCCAGCAUCUCUUUGGGAUAGGAGCACUCAGACUAUAGUUAGAGAUUGUGGCUCCUCAUAUAAUAGCAAUAGCACUUUGACUUAUUUACCGCUUCACAGUGCUUUAUAGCCCUCUCUAAGUGGUUUACAUAGUCAGCAUAUUGCCCCCAACAAUCUGGGUCCUCAUUUUACCGACCUCGGAAGGAUAGAAAGCCAAGUCAACCUUGAGCCGGUGGGAAUUGAGCUGCCAAACUGUGCCACCAUGGCUCUUAUGAGGAGAAAGUGAGCGUAGAGUGGAGGGAUUCAAAGUUCAUCUUUUCCUAACUGUUCCAGGAAUUCAGCGCACGAAGCAUGUCUUUUCAGAUUGUGUCAAGAAUGAGGCACGCAAGUGGAAGAAACCACAUAAAUAGCAAAUAUUUUGGGGGAGUUUGGGGCAGUGACAAAACCAGUGUAAAAUUUCAGAUGUAAAGGCUGUUCUGCCCUGCAGGUGACCUUCAUGAAGAAGAGCUGUAGAAAUAGUUGAGGAGAAAAGGGAAAAGCCAUCUCAGAGGCCUUGGCCUUUCCCGUCCUCUCAGGUCUUUGAAGGGAAAUCUGCUUACAAAAAAUCUUGCCAAGGAAACUGCAGAGAAACGGGAGUGCAGGAUAACUCCCCAAAACCUACUUUUGCAACUUUGGAGAGUGAAGCCUGACCUACUUAGCUUCCCAAGAUUAAAGACGUGUUGUGCCAUAAAUAUUUAUGAAGUUCUUGUUUGUAUGCACAGCUGCUAAAUUAUUUCCAGCUUCAUCCUAUGAAUAGAAUAAUGAAACCUGGAACAAUAACACCCACCUUCCAAACCACAUCUAGAUAGGAGAGAUUCUUUCUGUCUGCAUCCUUGCAGAGCCUAAAUCUCACUUGGGGGAAGACUUGCUCUGAGCAGCCUUCCCAAUCUCCACAGGAGUUAGCUUUAUUAUUCCCAAACAGUUUGGGCAAAAGCCUUGGAGGGCAAUACUUUGCAGAAAGCUGAUGGGUUUCUGCACUUUCUUAGGGGUGACUCAGUGGAGAUCAAAACCUCUCUACAUCCCCCAAACUUUAUGACUGAUUUCCUGUGUCUGCCAAGGAUUUAAGACCCAGGAGAAUCAGUGGGUCAGAGGCUCAAAGGGAGCCAGCUUCAUUCCUGCUGCCCAGAGAUGCUUCCAAGCACACCCAUGCUAAAUGCCUUGUGCGUCUGUAACUUUGCAUACACAGAAGUCUCCAUUAGGUCAAAGUGAGAAAGUCACAUACCCAGCAGGGCUGGAAAAGGGGGUUUAACAAGAGGAGAUGACUGCCUGUAUAUGGUAAGAGCAAUGUUUCCAAAAGGCAUUUCCAAGGGCUGGAAAAAAGAUUGGUAAUACAGAUGUUCAUGCAACAAUGUACCACUCUUUGUUUGAUACCCAUUCCUUUUUUAAAUUCAAUAUAUUAAUCUAAUAAAAUAUACAAAAUCCUU